AUGGGUGACUACUCAAAAGCACUUGAAUUUUACGAAAAAGAUCUCGAAAUCACGAAAAAAGCUCCGUCUCCGAAUCAUCCCGAUUUGGCUAUUUCCUACAACAACAUCGGUCAAGUGUAUAACAACAUGGGUGACUACCCGAAAGCACUUGAAUUUCACGAAAAAUCACAUAAAAUCUACGAAAAAGCUCUGCCUUCGAAUCAUCCAGAUUUGGCUACUUCCUACAAUAACAUUGGUGGAGUGUAUAACAACAUGGGUGACUACCCGAAAGCACUUGAAUUUUACGAAAAAUCACAUCAAAUCUACGAAAAAGCCCUACCUCCAAAUCAUCCCUCAUUCGCUACUUCCUAUAACAACAUCGGUGGAGUGUAUAAGGACAUGGGUGACUACUCGAAAGCACUUGAACUUUACGAAAAAUCACUUAAAAUAAAAGAAAAAGCUCUUCCUCCGAAUCAUCCCAAUUUGGCUAUCUCCUACAACAACAUCGGUCAAGUGUAUAACGACAUGGGUGACUACUCGAAAGCACUUGAAUUUUACAAAAAAGCACAUAAAAUAAGAGAAAAAGCUCUCCCUCCGAAUCAUCCCGCUUUGGCUACUUCCUACAACAACAUCGGCUACGUGUAUGAGGACAUGGGUGACUACUCGAAAGCACUUGAAUUUUACGAAAAAGCGCAUAAAAUAAAAGAAAAAGAACUGCCUCCAAAUCAUCCUAAUUUGGCUCUGUCCUACAACAACAUCGGUGAAGUGUAUAACAACAUGGGUGACUACUCGAAAGCACUUGAAUUUUCCGAAAAAGCACAUAAAAUCCACGAAAAAGCUCUGCCUCCGAAUCAUCCCAAUUUGGCUAUCUCCUACAACAACAUCGGUCAAGUGUAUAACGACAUGGGUGACUACUCGAAAGCACUUGAAUUUUACGAAAAAGAUCUCGAAAUCACGAAAAAAGCUCUGCCUCCGAAUCAUCCCUCAUUGGCUGCUUCCUACAACAACAUCGGUGGAGUGUAUAAGGACAUGGGUGACUACUCGAAAGCACUUGAAUUUUACGAAAAAUCACAUAAAAUCCUCGAAAACGUUCUGCCUCCGAAUCACCCUCAUUUGGCUAUUAGUUACUUGAGUUUUGCAGCGUGUUACGAACGAAUGGGUGAUUAUGCAGCAGCUCUUAAGGCUCUUCAAAGUGCUUUUCAAAUUCAACAACAAGCAUUUCAAGAAGGUAAUCCAGCUUUUGCUUCAACAUAUAGUUGGUUCGGAAGAGUUUAUCGCAGUAUGAAAGAUUAUUCAAAAGCACUUGAUAAUUUCGAAAAAUGUCUCUCAAUACGUCAAAAAGCCUUACCUAAUAAUCAUCCAGAUCGAGCUCUAACAUACAGUAAUAUUGGUGAUGUUCAUCGAUUAAUGGGUAAUUAUGAAAAGGCACUUGCAUUUCAUCAAAAAGCAUUAAAUAUUCAAGAAAAUGUUC